AUGCCAACACUCGAUGAAAUCACUUACUCCCGCGAGGCCACCGUUGCUGCCGUCCGCGAUUAUUACCAGUUCCUCGCAGACAUGUUUCUACCAGAAGGCUUCAUCGAAGAACCGCCGGCUGAAGGAUGGCCAUCCAUCACAANNAAAAAAAGAGUUACCCGCUUGGGCAAGAACGACGAAGUCUUUGAACUGAUGCGACAUCUUCCUUAUCUCCCAGACGAAAGUCAACUUGUGGCCCGCGCCACAGCUGCCAAUUGGUCUAGCAUACUUGCAGAUCAUGUCCCAAUCAGAUCUGCCCCUAUCCCAUUCAAGCGGUGGGGUGUCAGAAUUACCACAGAAGGGCUAGACUGGGAGGACGUACCCUCGUCAGCAUUCGGCCUUGCUCACGGCGGUCGCAACAACGAAGUUUUCAUCUUCGAUACACAAUAUGGCACUGUGACCUGGAUAGAAGCCCCCGAUUUCGAUGACAAUCCUCUACGGAAGACAAUUUCUCGUGCAUCAGGUGGCUCCGAGUAUUUCGAGGACUGCACGCCCGAGAACGAACACGGUUGGCGCCGUCACAAAGCAUGGAGCAUCGUCGACUUCUUCGAAGUUUUGAAGAAUGAAUUCAGAACAUUGGAAUCUGUGCCUGUGUAUCCGCAUCAGAUCGAACCGUGGUCCGAUGCAUUUGAGAACAAGGAAAACCUUGACGAGUUUGAUGCUUUGACUCGCUCGGUCAGACAUGCCUACCAAGAGCACGGUUGGCCAGAUAUAUCUGUGUAUAACAAGGAUGAAUGUCAAAAAGCAGUAGACAAAUUAAUUGAUGAAUCAAACGAUCGAUGGGAGGCAACAAGGAUGAAUGGUAGACCAAUUAAUUGA